AUGGCAAAGAGUUCCUUCAAACAAGAACAUGACCUCGGUAAUAACUCUAUUUUCAAUAAGUGGUCUCAUUCUUGUUCCUCUGGUGCCGUUUGGCUUAAUUUUUUGAAUAAUUAUGUGUGAUGAUACCUUAUACUGAGGCUCCAAAAUAUUUUCAGAAAAGAGACGUGCUGAGGCUGCUAGGAUUAGGGAGAAGUACCCUGAUAGGAUCCCGGUGAGAGAUUGCGAUGAAGAGUUACCUUGUGUUUAUGAUGACAUACUCGCUUGUGCUUUCUAUUUUGACUUGUGGUUCAUUCGUUGCUCUUUUUCUAUCAUUUUCUAGUUUGCUUUAGAGAAACAUGAAAAAUACUUUAUCACUGUUUUUUAUCGGGCAUCUUUCUGUGAUGUGCUUACACACGGAGAUAUAUAGGUAUGUAUAUGAUUUUUUGAUGGAAUGGACACAUUUGACCGCUAAUGUAUAUUCCAUACGCCGUGCAUUCGAUUUUCUUUUAUGUUUCGACAAUGGCCAGAUCAUCAAAGGAACAUAUAUAUCCACACACAGGUGCUUGCUCAAACGAAAAUGAUAGUGGAUUUUAAACUUUUUAAAAGGAAAAUAAUCCGUCUUUAGUGGCCAAUCCUGAUGCGACAUUUAUGCUUAUGAUACGUUUGUGACUUUAGAAGAUGGAUGCAUGGCUGUUGUACGUCCAUUUUAUGAAAAUGGGUGCAAUAUACCAGUUGACUAUUGACGAAUUGCGAUAGCUUUUGUAUGGUGGCUUGAUAGAACUGGUGGACACCCGCUAUUUUGUUGAUAAAUAAGGCAUAGAAUUGAGUUACAUUGUGGUACAGUAUGGUUGAAUUCUAGUUUUUCAAAAUAUUCAAGUUGUGCUUAAAUAGUCAUUUUUUUCCGCCCAGAAAUUUGUUCAAUGAUUUUUUAGCUCGAUAAAUUCCUUGAAGAUGGUAGAUCAUUAUGUUCAUCUCGCUUAAUAUUAGGGUUUUUCUUUUCAUGAGAUAAAAAGAUAAAAUCGAUCAAGAGCAACUGGCUACAUUUGAACGAAUAAACCAGAAAUGCCACUUAUUUGAGUGGAUCAUUGUAGACAUUUUUUUACUUAGAUGUACAUUCACUUGGGCACGCAGAAUCACUGAACGACAUUGUGAUAUUUAAGGCUCAUGACUCACUAGGAUAGGAUGCUUGUGUAUGUUAUCGUUACUGAUGCAUAUAGAAAGCUUUAGAAUUUCAUAGCUCCUGUAAGUUGUUUGAUAUUAUUUGGUAACGGUGUCAAGUUUGUGGCAUGUUUACCUUUGGGUGAUUGAUUUAAAACUGCACAUGAUUGUUGUGAAGAUAGUAGCUAAUUAGGUACUAUUUUUGCGGGUUGGAUCUCAAGAAGGGACACAAUAAGUUCUUUCGUCCAAGGUGGAUUGUAACCAAUGCCCGAAAAAUGCCUUGUUGAGCUUGGCUAUUCUGUUGAGUUACGUUGCUCAAAUGUGACGGCGUUUCCUUAAAUUUAAAGAGGAUCCUAUUUGGAUGUCGAAUUUUUAAGAGUUAGAUUUUGGAUACGUCAUAAAUUAUACAAUUUGGUGAAGUUUGAUGACGAUUAGUUCUCACAGAUGUCCAAUCGGUUCCGUAGUUCAGACACCAAGGUUGGCUUUAUCUUAAAAAAAUGUAAAAACUGUAGAUUUUCUGGAAACAUGCUUUUGAACAUUGCUCAGACUUUCAACGGUUGCCAUAAGGAUUUAAUAUUUAGUUUCUUGGAGAAAUAUAUUUGUACCCUCUAUUUCCCUUUUUUGUUCUUGUUUAACUAAACUGAUGGAUGUGCUGUUGUGGGCUUCGUUGCUUUACUGACCAAAAUGGCUUGAUGCCUGUCUUCUUUCUCUGCUUAUAAUGUUUGCUUCUGCCUGUCAGAUUGAUGUUUUUCCCUACUAAAGCUAAUUUACUACGUUUUUAAAAAAAAAGCUGAGUCCCGCUGAUUGAUAUAAACACUUGGAUGGUUUUUAGGUGAUUGUGGAGAAGGCAGAGAGAAGUGAUAUUCCGAACAUUGACAAGAAGAAGUAAGUAACAAUUACAACCUUAAAUGUUCUUUUUAGUUUUUCAUUGAGAAAGUAAGUAAGAAGAAUGGUUUUUCAUUGUAUCUAAAUAGAUUGAUACCCAAGAGACUUUCCAGCAUCCGUUUGGUUCUCUUUCCAUUCCCCCUUCCCAUGGCUGUGGGGGGUAGGUACUAUUUGGGCAUCUUGACGAGCAAAACUUUACAACAGGUACCUGGUCCCUGCUGACUUGACGGUUGGGCAAUUUGUGUACGUAAUCCGCAAAAGGAUCAAGCUUAGUGCAGAAAAAGCAAUCUUCAUAUUUGUCGACAAUGUCCUUCCCCCUACUGGUAACCCUUUGAAAACAACUACGUAGACUACUCUUCUUGACGCCUGCCUUUGGUAUAGCUGGUUGACUCCUCUUUGUUCUCUGCAGGAGCUAUAAUGUCAACAAUUUAUGACGAGAAGAAGGACGAAGACGGCUUUCUGUACGUUACCUACAGUGGGGAGAACACUUUCGGCCUGGUGUGA